AUGGAUUUAAACAGUUUAAUAAAAAAUAAAAAAUUAGAAUUAAAAAAAUGUAAAACUAUUGUAACUAAUACACUUGGUCAAAAAUAUGAAGAAUAUAAUGGAAUAAAAAGGAAAUUAUCCUUUACAGGAACACCAUUUGUGAUAGAUAAUAAACCUGAUUUACAGAUUGCACAAGUAAUACAAGGAUUAUUCCUAAGCUCACAAGAUCCAAUUAUAAACAAAGAAAUAUUACAAGAACAUAAAAUUCGUCAUGUUUUAAGCAUUGGUAUUGAUGUACCAGUAAAAUUUGAUGACAUUAAGUAUUAUUAUUGUGAAUUGUUAGAUUUACCCGAGUCUGAUCUAAUUGUAGUAAUUAAAAAAUGUAUCAGAAUUAUACACAAACAUCGCGAUGAAAAUAUUCUUGUACAUUGUAAUGCUGGUAUAUCUCGUUCACCAGCGAUUAUUAUAUCUUAUAUAAUGGCUCUUCAAAAAAUAUCAUAUGAUGAUGCAUAUAAUAAGGUAAAAAAUAUAAGAAAUUGUAUUAAACCUAAUGAAGGAUUUGUACAGCAAUUAAAAACAUUACCACUUCCAACUAUGUUAUAA